AUGACAACAAACUUGGAUAACAGUAGCAACUCUGGUCUGAAUAAGCUGUUGCCCAAGUCAAUAUCUUCCAAGCGCCUUCGAAGAAAACAAGAUCGGGAAGCGGCAGGGUUUUCGCUUGACGAUUCUAGUGUUUUUGCCCAUUCGCAAUCCAGUCGCGAAACUUUAGAAAGCGACGGCACCCGCUCUGGGCAUAUUGGGGGUGACGAGGACGAGGGUACAAGCCAAGGCCAUCGGUCCUACGAAUCUGAUGGAAACGACUCGUCCAACUCUCGACAUCCACCACCUUUCUCGACACAUCCUUCUCAAAUCGGCCAUUUGACCACAAAUUCUGCAAUCAUACAAACCAAGUAUCAACCGGAAUCUCAGCCGCCAGCUUCGGAUCACGACUCCAACAGCAGUACAUCAAAGUCGUCCACGUUUCCACCAACGGCUCUCGAUUCGGCCGACUUCAAGGAUCCCCGGAUUGGUCGGAGUAAGACGGGCUUGCUUCCCCCUCAAAGUUCUACUCGACGCUCUCCUUCGCCAGGUGGUAGAUUGAAGGACAUUUUUAAACCCAAGAAGAGUUCCGGAAACAGCUCAAGUCCUGAACGUCGACCAGUGAGCGAACCCCUCGAGAGUCACGACGAACAACAGCCCACCCUAUCGGUGGACCCUGAUUUUACGCAGAGAUUCCCCGUCCUCGAGCCACCAGCUGCAGCCAAAGUUGCUUCGCCCGAACGGCGAGCGAGAGUCCAACCCAAGGUUGACACGAAUAUUCCUCCACGAACCCCUCCGACUGGUGACAAGCCGGCGCCUGUUAUAGUAAACACUCCACCUACGCCUACCGAGUUUCCCAACAGAUCCGGUCAGUCGUCUCCUGAACGGAAAUCCUUCUGGGGUAGUCCGACAAGUAGCUCGGGUGCAAAUGGCCGACCUUCCUCGCAAAGCAUGAGCGCGAACAGAAGGAGUCGAUCCAAUUCACAAAACAUCGGCCCCAGCAAACUCUCUCACAUUGUCUCCGCCCCGUUGACGCCGACCCCAGAAAGUGGUGAGGCGACGCCAAACGCAAACCCGAACCCUUCAGGUGGCUUCUUCUCUUCUAUGAUAUCGGCUGCUCAGAACGCUGCCAACACAUUAAGUAACACCAGCCUGAAUAUCGGUGGAAACAAGGGUCGAAGCGUAUCCCAGAAUAUCCAGGAACAGCCCGAACUUGACAGCGCCAAAGACGACGCCGAACCUACUCUCACUACGGCAGAGAUGGCAGACAAGAAGGAAAGCAACAGAAAGUCCGCGGUGUCUACAAUUGGGGCUGGCGAGUUAAGUCUCAGCCAACUUGGGCUUGCUGAAGCACCCAGCCUUGUUGCGUCCCCGGUCAAUGCCAGGUUCCCUGAUGUGGACACACGCGCUCGGUCUGAAUCGGCCCCCGUUGAUUCCCCCAUCAGCCCUGUAGACUUUGCUCCGGAUGAGUCGUCAAGCCGCCCGCGUUCACUAUACGAGCCUAUGAGCCGCGAACGCACUCCUCCUCCACCCGACUACACGAACAAAGAGAAUGGCGUGCAACGAACGUCCAGCAUCCGAAGUGCUCUGCGGCAAAACCACAGGAAACGCGGAAGCUCAGUCACUACUGGCACCACCAUAGGUGCUGCGAUCGCUGCUGCCAAUAGUUCAUUGGCGCAUCCCAACUUGAGCGCUCCUAAACUUACAGGAUUUGCCAUUGCCAGUAAGAAGCGAAAUCGUGACUUCCAUGAUCUGUUCAAGAGUGUUCCAGACGAUGACUAUCUUAUUGAAGACUAUAGCUGUGCUUUGCAAAGAGAGAUUCUGGCGCACGGACGGCUUUAUGUCUCAGAGGGCCAUCUCUGCUUCAGUAGUAAUAUUUUUGGUUGGACCACAACCCUUGUCAUGAGCUUUGAUGAGAUAGUGUCUGUCGAGAAGCGAAGUACCGCGCUUCUAUUCAAAAACGGACUCAUGAUUUCAACAUUGCAUGCCAAACAUAUCUUUGCUAGUUUUACUAGCCGAGAUGCUACGUAUGAUUUAAUCGUCAAUAUCUGGAAACUGGGGCACCCUACCUUGAAAAGUACACUCAACGGUGUCAGGCUUGAGGGCACCGGCGGUGAUAAAACAGAAAAGGUAGAUGCUGAGCCCGUUGCUGAGGACGGGAUCCAGGAGGGCUCAGAAACAGAGGAUGAUAGCGAUGAGGAGGAGGAAUACUACGACGAGGAUGUUCACGAAGAGAUGCACAAUGCCAGCGUAGCUGCCGAGGCCAACGGUGCCGAUGCCGAUGUUGAGAAGACUGCCUCAAGGAAAGCAUCGGGAGCAGCGCUCCCAAGCGGGCCUGUUCCUGAAGAGGCACCUGCUGGAUCUGGAGGGGCUACGGACUUUCCGGGUCCAGCAACGCAUGCGCCCACUGACUGUGGUGAUUCGGCGUCGCAUUAUGACAGAAUCGUCGGAGACGACAUCAUCCCAGCACCUCUCGGCAAGGUUUACAACCUAAUGUUUGGCCCGGCGUCUGUUACCUUUAUGUCUAACUGGCUAUCAGGGGAGCAGAAGUGCUUGGACUUGCAAAUGGAAGACAAGAAGGGCCUGACCCUCGACAACAGAACUCGAACAUUCUCAUACAUCAAGCCGCUGUAUGGAUCAAUUGGACCAAAACAAACCAAGACCAUUACCUCGGAGACGAUAGAAACUCUUGACCUCGAGAAAUCUGUCAACCUCACAUGUUCAACUCAGACGCCAGACGUGCCAAGUGGAAACGUGUUUGCUGUGAAAACCAGAUACUGCCUCUCUUGGGCUGAGAACAAUGCCACUAGGGUGCAGAUGAACUGUACAAUCGAAUGGUCUGGCAAGAGUUGGCUGAAAGGUCCAAUCGAGAAAGGCGCCACCGAUGGCCAGACCACCUACGGCAAGGAUUUGUUUGCAGCUAUCAAGGCUGCGGUGUCAUCCAAGCCACAGGGCACGAUGCCCCAAGGUCCAGGAUCUAAGGGAGGGAGGAAGAAGGGCAAGAAGGCUAAGCAGUCGCAGUCGACCACUGGCGUUGUCGAGACUAACGCCGCACCCAAACGCCCUGUCCAGGCGGACUGGGGUGUUCUGGAACCAGUGAGGGGAAUUCUGGAGCCCAUUGGCGAUAUAAUUCAGCCUCUUCUUACUGGCAACGUUAUGUAUGGGCUCUUGGUGGGCUUACUGGUUGCCAUGUGGUUUGGUUUCGGUUUCAGCCCCAGCCGAAACGCUUCUUACGGUCACGAACUUGGGGGCAUUUACCGUCCUGAUAGGAUUGCGGCGUACGAAGAGAUGUGGCGACGGGAGGACAGCGAGCUUUGGGAUUGGUUAGAAGAGCGUGUCGGAAUGGAUCGUCUGCACAACGAUAACGCUGGUGUGCGAAAGAGAGCCAUGGAGCCAAAGACAGUGGAAGAGAACUUGCGUACAACUCGCAUGGGCGAAAGGGAAGUGAAAGAGGCGAUCCGGGUCACCGAGGAAAAGUUGCGCGUACUGAAGGGAGUUAUGGAGAAGAAGAGCAAGCCUAACAGGUCGACUACUGACGAAGCACGGUCGCAGGAAUUAUAG